AUGCCACACAAGAAUUUCACCUUCUUAACACUACUCGUCACAUUGCAAUGCCUGGCCCAAGCCUGGGCAUGUGCAACUCCUCACGAAUAUGCCAAGCGCGCCGAAGGAGAAGAGGUAGAAUACCCCUGGGCUGAACCUGGAGACGAAGCACCUUCCGACCCUACAACAGUAGCAUAUUUCAUGAAUCAUAUCAGUAUCAAUGUGCGCGACAUGACCGAGAGUAUCAACUGGUAUCGCGAAGCGUUCGGUUUCCGACUGCUCUUCAAUCUCCACGUGUCCGAGAACUUCGCUAUUGCCUACAUUGGUCACGCGCAUGGUGGUCGCAACGGAAGCGGCUAUCAGACAAGUGAAGAGAUGAAUCGCGAAAAAAACAACGGAGAAGGCCUCAUCGAGCUCAUCGAAUUAAAAUACCCGAACUGGGACUUGCCGUCCGGGCUCAGAGUCCCUAAUACUUUAUCUCAUAUUGGAAUGGUGGUGCCCAACUCGACGGUGACGCAUGAAAGGCUCAAGGCCAUGGGCGCGAAUAUUCUGAAAGCCCCCGGCGAAGUUUUCGUGCUGAACGGCUGGUUCUCCCUCGGGACGGGCUUUGAUCAGGCUGGAGACUUUCUUAGUCCGGAAGAGAUCGAUCUGAUCACGGAAUCUUUGAUACCGAUCAACACACCGACCUUGUAUACAGCGGACCCAGAUGGGAAUGUUAUAGAAGUGCAGAACCAAGAGGCAUUCAUACCAAGUUACUAG